AUGCUUCAAGAGUUGGUACUACAGAAGGCAUCGAAUCUGCAGAACAUCACGGUGCAACCGAACGUCCACCUGAACCGGCUGGAAGUCUACGAAUGCCAGCUCUCCAUCGUACCGCCUUCUCUGCGCAAUCUGCUAGCGCUGAAGGUGCUCACCAUCAAGGACUGCACCCUGAAGGUGCUCCAACUGGCGCUGCUGGCGACUUUUCGACGGCUGGAUGUGGUUUCGUUUGCCUCAAACCACAUCGCGGAGAUCAUGCCUGCCGCUAGCAACGCCACACUGACCAUCACUACUCUGGACCUAUCGGUAAAUCGGUUGCAGCAGCUAACCCCAAAGCAAUUCGUGCCCCUACGAAAGCUACGAGUUCUCAAUCUGCAACAGAAUCAACUGCGUGCUAUCGUCGCUCAACAGCCGGGGGAUGUGAUAACGUUACCGUCUCUAAACAUCCUGAACCUAUCGAAAAACAAACUGCAGACGAUGGAUUUCCGCCAACUGAAGGUACCUAACCUGCAGUAUCUGGAACUGUCCUCGAACGAGUUCCCAAAUCUACCGAGCGCCGUGGCCAGUCUCACGAAGCUGGAGAUUCUUUCGCUCAGUCAAAACGCCAUCGCUGAGCUCGAUUUCACGGAGUUGCGCAAACUACGCGCCCUCUCUAGUCUCGGGCUAAACGAGAACCGUCUACGGCGUGUUUGGGCCUCAGAUACGAUGGAAUUACCAAGCCUUUCUACCCUGCUGCUGGCCACCAAUCAACUAAAGACGGUCGAAUUGCAACAGCUUACGGCACCGCUUCUCGCCAUCGUCGAUCUGACCGGUAAUCGGCUAACCACGAUACCGGAGUCCUUUUUGGAAGGGGAUCGAGCGGUACAACUGGAGUCGUUGGUCGUGUCGGGCAAUCCGUUAACCUGCGCAACGCUCGAACGGUACCGUUCCAACCUCGAGCGGGGACAGGUGGAAACGCAAUGGCUACUUUCCACGACGGAGUUCUGUACGACGGAGCAGUACUUUGUGCUGGACGAGAAGCGCAAGUCCUGCUGUGCUGCCUAA